UUUCAACAAUGGCGGACUUUAACGAUACGAAUUCUCACGAAAUGACAGAAAACAAUAUUCCAAAACGUUGUAACAAUCAGUGGGUGCGAUUAAAUGUUGGUGGAACGUAUUUCUUAACGGCAAAGACAACACUAGCGAGAGAUCCAAACUCAUUUUUAUAUCGAUUAUGCCAGGAGGACUCGGACCUUAUCUCGGACAGGGACGAAACUGGUGCGUAUCUCAUCGACAGAGAUCCGACCUAUUUCAGCCCAGUACUCAAUUACCUUCGCCAUGGUAAACUAGUGAUAAACAAAGACUUAGCUGAGGAGGGGGUCCUCGAGGAGGCUGAAUUCUACAAUAUCACAGAGCUCAUUAGACUUGUUAAUGAGAGAAUCUUACUCAGGGACACGAGACCAACGAGGGACUCGAAGAAACAUGUUUAUCGGGUACUACAGUGUCAUGAGGAUGAAAUUACGCAGAUGGUGUCGACUAUGUCGGACGGAUGGAAAUUUGAACAGCUCAUCAACAUUGGAUCUCAAUACAAUUAUGGAAACGACGAUCACGCUGAAUUCCUGUGCGUCGUGAGCCGUGAAUAUGGAGCAAGUCACUUGGGCAGCAAGGAGCAGGAGUCCACCGAUCGUGUUAAGGUCCUCCAGCAGAAGGGUUCACGUAUGUAAUGCGUUUAUCAAAUGAAAUAAUUUAAUAAACAUCCUGCGAAUAUCACCAUCCGUGCAGCACCCACGAUGAAGACUGUUUUGUGUUGUUUCUAUUUUUUAAUUUAUCACGAAAGAUGUUUUAAUUAAAGGAAAAAUGACAACCUCUCAAGGUAAGAUUAUUUACGUUCUGUAUAAAGAGAUUAAGUCACUUGUUAGUAAUUUUUUGAUGACGCGUGCUUUUUUCAUCAAAUUCAUUAAUUUAAACGCGUAGAAUGAACAGGAACUCGCACCUGCCUUCGACCAAUUGCGGUCCACAUCGGAAAAUCAAAGCGAAAAUUAUGAAUUUACAUUGACAAACGUAAUUAGUGAAUUUUCGAGGAAUAUAAAAUUUUCUAUGAUAAUAAUAUGAACGAGAAAAUUCACGAGUUUUCAGUUUUACUUCUCUGGCAACUGUAAGAAUUUAUCUCCAUUCGGUUUUCUAUGAUAUUUUUAGAAGAAAAUAUGUACAAACUCGAAUUAUACUUUAAUUCCACGUCUAUUAUCGUAUUGAAGGGAAAUAACUUACUCGCACUGCCGCUAAGAAACUUUAUGAAAGGAAAAUAAUAAGAACAAGUGUAAUAAUGACGCGCAAUCAAACGUGUAGAAACAUGAACAUGUUUCAAUACCUAGAAACUUAAUCGUACGAUUUUUAAUGUGAGAAAUACUUACGAUAAGCCAAGAUCGACGAUUUCAAUAUUCUGUAUACAAUGAUGAACACUCACAGAGUAGGUAAUCAUUAAUUAGGUGUUAUCUGUAAAAAUUUCACAACAGCAUUGGGACAAACUAAACAGUUAGAGGGAUUAAACCCUUGUUUAUAAUAAAAAUAAUGUUCCCAAAUGUAUUUUUCAUUUUUUUGGAGAUGUGAAACAUGUCCAGGAAAGAUUAUUUCAGGAAUGGAUUGAUAAAAGGUAACAGAACAGAACAGUCAGUCUUUCACAUCUUGUUAAAGUAGCUCUACCGUUACCUAAAGUUUAAAGAUAAUGAAAAACUUCGAUCUCCAGAAAACUCGAUUAGAUUCGAAAUCGCUUUUUUUUCUCAAUUUAAUGAUCGAUUUAAUGAUUGAUUUAAUGAUUGAUUUGAUUUUUUGAAGAAAAAAUGUUGACAAAUCAGAAUUCUACUAGGCGUUUUAUGUGAAAAUCAACAUUUUCAUUAUGAUUGUAGAUUAAAAUAUUUUUUUUUUUCAUUAGAUGUAAAUAAUCGAAAAUAGAGUAAACAAGUUCCAUUAUUCAUUUAUGGAAAAGGAAUGUUCAAAAAAUGUUUAAACUCAAAAACUGAAAAAAAAUCUUUAAAAAAACUACAAAUAUGCUAAUUCAUAGCGCAACCCGAUGAAUUUUUCUCAAUGAGUAACAUUAGGUUGAAAUUACCAGACAUUUUUUCCAGAAAUUUAAUCCUCUCCAAAAAAGUUUCUUUUCCAUUUUUCCCUACACUGAGAGAAAAAGAAAUA